UGGUUAUUUCCAUAUGAUUUUGUUGUUAUUGUGAAUAAGUAAACGAGAUGCUUGGGUGAAAAAAAAAUCCUUUUCGCUUUCCCACGGACAAACCCAAAAAAAUAACCCAUUUCCCCUUUCUUCUUCCCCAAAUCUCCUUCGAAUUUUCGCAAUUUUGUUAAAUCUCUCCACCUCAUGAGCAGCUAAUCAGCUGUUUAUAGGCCCUAGUGGCUACUGUUGGCUAGAAUUUAAUAUGGAUUCACAGAAUUUUUUAUGAAGACGGAGUUAACUAUGUUCCCUGCAGCAAAAUCUAAUCCAAUCCCUAAUUCAACUUCUACACGCUUUGUCUGGCGGAUUCAGAGACUUCUUUAAUGGCUAAUCAGGUAAUCAUUAACCUAGAGUUGGGAUUAAAACGUACUCAGUUCACCAUAUUGAGUUUAUUAAGAAAUUCUGAUUAGUUUAAUGGAUUUUCUUAAUCGUUAUUUGACAUUUGGCGAAUUUCCUUCUCUUUGGUUUACAUCUGUUGCUCAAUUGAUUGUUUUUUCUAAACCCUUGUCUAAUCUUGGGUUAAUUUUUUUAUGCUCAGAAAUCAUGAUUCUUUUGGGAACUAAAUUUUUGCCGCGUCAGUCUGAUUUCCUUGCUUAUCAAUCAAAAUUUUCCCUAUAUAAACUCUGUGUUGUGGGUUUGUCACUAACCUGUAGUUUGUAUCUCAUGCUCUGCAUUUUUUUCAGUUUCAAGUUAGGUUUUUUGAUCUGUGUCUUGUUUGAUUCUAAAUACAAUUUCCCUGUGGUUUUAAGCUGUUUUUUACUCUGUUUGUAUCAUCAUGUGUGCUUGGCAUGGUGAUGUUUCACAACUUUCUGAUCAACUUCAUGACUCUCUGAUUUUAAACAAUGGUAAUGAUUUUGUUCUAAGCCAAAUUAUACCUUUCCGUUUUCAAAACAAUAGGCGCUUGUGGACCAGUACUCUUGGAACGUUCAUAGCACCAAUUCCUUCUAAUAGAAAAAACUUUGAUAUUAGGCAAGCUCUUGUGUUUCUCUAGAAAGUCCAAGGUGGAGUAAAAGUAGAACUGUUGUUUUACUUAUUCGUUUUGAAAAUGAGCAUGAGAUGAAUCGUGUUUUAUCUUUAGACACUAGGAGAGUUUUGGGGGAUCUUUUGUGUAUCAAAAAACUUGAAAUCACUGAUGAUAUUCGUCACUGGUUCCCAACUAUGGAAAUGUUCUUUGUAACCAUACACAACCUUUUCCCUGAGCAAGUAACUAGUGAUAACCUUAGAAGGUAUUUCUCUGUUAAUGGUCAUAUUACUUCCUUUGGGUUUCCUCUCCGCCAUCCCGAUGGAAAGUUUCCUAUAAAUGUAAAAGCUUUGGUAAACAUCAGACAACCUAUCAGAUUUUCAAUCAAUGCUGAAAAUGCUCUAGGCUUUUUCAAUAGGGUAAACUUUGAGUUUCAUAAAUUUCCAACUCUCUUUUGUGGUUUCCGUGACUUGAUUGGCCAUAAGAUAAGUGGUUGCGCUAGAUUUGAGAUAGCACAGCAACAGGCUGAAAUGCAACAAGCAGAACUUCAACAGGCUGAGAUGAAUGCAUACCUUGCAACACUACAACAACAACAUGAAGCAGAACUUCAACGUCAGGAAGACCAGGAUCAGAACAACUUGGAGCUCCAGCCUGCUAUGGUGCAAGAAGGUAUGGAAUGGUCAGAAGAUACUCUCUCCUCUGACUCAACAAGUUCUUUGGCUUCAGAGGCUAUGUUAGGACAACAACAAAGAAUGAAGCAUCAUCUUCCCAGCAGCUAAUGUCUUCAUCUGAGCAAGAUUAUUGGAAUAACUGGAACACAAUGGAGAAGUAUUUUCAGGAAGAUAACUUGCCAGUCCCUAAAAGAUUGAGACUAAAUGAAGUUGAAAUGAACCCAGUGUCAGCUGAAGCCAGAGAUGUUAUUGUUAUUGAACCUACAGUCACUAUUAUGGAACAUCCUCACCAGUGGUUUAAUGAACAUUCCAAUUCAGCUGCAGUGCAAGGGGAUGAUAAUGCUGCAAACUUCAACAACUGAGUGAGAAUGCCAUAUCAUGCAAACUAGCAACAGGAAACCAUUAGACCUAUGUAUUUUUUUGCUUGCUCCCUGUUUCUUGUAAUUUAUGUACUUUUUGUGUUUUUUUGAUUUGUAUUGUUUGUACUUUCCCUUCCUGUUUGUAAUUAUCUUUACACCUUUUGUUUUUUAGCUGUAAUUAUCUGUAAAGUCCAUUUCCUUUUGUAAUCCAGUUUCUGUUUCUUACUUCUGUCUCCCCCUCAUUGUCUGUAAUCUUUUUUUGGACUGUAUUUUGAUUUAACUCUCCCUCAUUUGCUGUC